AUGGGGUUCGUCUUCUCCAAGUCCGUGAACGACAGCCUGAAGGCUCAGCAGGAGUUCAUGCUCAUGAACUCACGGCUUCAGCUGGAAAGGCAACUACUGAUGCAGAACCAGAUGAGAGAGAGACAAACAGCCAUGCAGAUAGCUUGGACACGGGAAUUUCUCAAAUAUUUUGGGACAUUUUUUGGACUUGCUGCUGUAGGUUUAACAGCUGGAGCAAUAAAAAAGAAGAACCCAGGAGUUUUACUGCCAAUAGUUCCCUUAAGCUUUAUAUUUGCAUAUCAGUAUGAUAUGGGCUAUGGGACACUGUUGCAAAGGAUAAAAGGUGAAGCAGAGAACAUACUGGACACACAGAGCACUUUGCUAGAAUUGCCGAAAGGACCGCUCACUUAUGAAGACCUGGAGAAAAUCAGAAGAUCUCAGAGCAAGUUCUUCAUAGAAAAAUAGGAAGAUGGUAUUAGAGCUUAAUAUCUGAAAUGUGGUGGUAAUGUGGUGGGUUUGGACGUAAAUGAAUUAUUACAAUUUCAGGAAAACUAUGAGCUUUUAUUAAAUCAAAAUAUAAUUCAUUUUUUA